AUGGACAAAUUCUGUGUGUGGUGGAUGCUGGGUGUCGGCGGAAGGCUAAUUUAGGAUAAUACAAGAAAGACAUCAAAGAGCCUUCUCCUCGAAGCUCUCAUAACCAGAAUAUAUUUGAUCUUGGUAGUCAGUCGUAACAAAUUUCUACUAGUCAUAAAGCUGGAUGAAUUCAGUUUCAAGCAUACCUAAGCUUUUGCUCAGAGAAGACCUUUGUCAGUCAGAGCAUAUAGCCAAACACAGAUUGAAUUGAAACUCCCUUCAAAAACAUAGAUGCAGUCUUGAUGGUAGAUAAUGCCAGCCUUACAGGCUUUCCAACACAGGAAUAGCCUACAUCUUCAAAUCUGAUAUGAGCCUUCAUCAAACGUAUAAUAAUAUCUGCCAUUUAGCAGACACUUUUAUCUAACGCGACUUACAGUCAUGCAUGCAUAUAUUUACAUAUGGGUGGUCCCGGGAAUCGAACCCACUACCCUGGCUUAACAAGCACCAUGCUCUACCAACUGAGCUACAAAGGACCACCUUCAUCAAACUUUGUGUGUAGGUUGAUUAGACAUAAUCCAUCAUAUAGUCAGAUCUCGAUUGUGUCUGCCUGCUGAAGGCAUUAAGCUAUACCUCUAAUGACAAAGAAAUAUGAUAAUACUAUCUACCAAAGCUUAACCUGUGGACAUGUUAGACAGUGAUUCCUCAUAGCAUGUCAGACAGUUGAAUGAGAGUAUCCCCUGAAGCAGUCUAGGAGAUGGCCUGAUAUAACUCAAAACCCCAGCUCUAUUAUAGGCUACUAGGCUAUGUCCUGCAUAUUUCAUACAACUCAAUGUGUUUGUGCUCCAUAUGCUAUUCUUUUUCUACCUCAAGGUAACUUUUCCAAUUUCUCUCCUAUUUUAGCAGCGUCUGUGUCUCCUGGAUGUAUUCUUGUCUCCUUUUUCUUUGAAGCGUUUAUUCAUGUUCCCUCCCUGCCUCUCCUCUUACUGUCUGGAGUUCAUAAAUCUAUAGAGAGGGCUCGCUCGGGGAAUCAGUCUGUUCCUUACAGUGAAUCUGUCUCGGUAGAUAAGAUCAUCAGUGUGACAAGGGACUCAGCCAGAGAGCACUGCUGUCAGUUCGCUUUGGUCCAAAGUGAAUGAUUGUCAGUAAAUAGACACUGGUUCACUGCAGUUUGGUCUGGUGUAGGAAUUAGUGUGUUGACCUCCUCCCUGCUCUACCAUUCUAUUCUGAUCUCCCCUCUGUUUCAGAUCAACGAGUUAAGUAACGUGCCUGUACCAGUAAUGCUGAUGCCCGAUGAUUUUAAAGCCUACAGUAAGAUCAAAGUGGACAACCACCUAUUUAACAAGUAGGUAUCCCAAGUCCUAACUUUGCAACCUGCCAUACCAUAUUACUGCCCAUAUAAACUCAAACAAGAGGCCAAUUUAGCUGCAUUGUCUUACAUAUACAGUACGGUACUACCUUUGAAAUCUGUUAACACUAUGUUAUGCUACUGAUUAGGAGAGAAGGUUUUGGUUUGGUUUGGUUGGCCCAAUGGUCUAUGAUGUGGUGUGCUUUUAAAUCACUAGCAAGAUCAAGUUCCUCUAUCACCUGUAAUAUACCUCACCAUGGGUCUAGCGAUCCCCACUACACUAGAGUUCUAGUCAAACAUUAAUUGAGCAGCUUUGCAAUGCAAAUAAUCCUCAUGGUGAAGCACCUCUAGUAUGCUGGUCAAGAGCUUCUCACAUUUCCUUUAUCUAUUCCAGUGUUUUCCUCAGAUUACAUCAACACUCUGACUCUUCUAAUGGACUAACUAUAGAAUUAGAAUACUAGAAUGGACAUGAACCAUUUUGGUCAGGGAGUUGGUCAACCAUGGUUUGCCAGUCCUGUGAUAAGAUAUUGUGUAAAGAUAAUACAUUUGAAAUUUAGCUAGCCAGACAGUUUUAGAGGAAUGAUUCCAUACAUUUUUCAAAUUAACUGGCCAAUAUGCCAACAUUCCAUUCAAACAAUUUAAUCAAUCCACAGCCAUACACUGGCUGAAAUCAGUUGAUGAUAGGACUUAGACAAGUUGUAAUGCAACAAGUACUGAUAUUGUGUCAUGUAAUAGCACUCACAGCUUUCCAAGGAAAACAAAAAUUUAGACAUUUAUGGUCUGUUUACAUAUAUUUUAGAAGCUAUUUAUACAGAAAAUUGGUUUAAAACACGGAUAAACUGUAUGAUUAUAUGACUAUUUUAGGUUGGUAAUAAUUCUAUUACACAACUUCUGAUAUAUCACAUGCCUUACUUUUAUUUUCCUGCAUAAGUAAAAUCAGAAUUAUGCCUCUGGCGAUCUCCACUACACUAUACUGGAGUUAUAGUCAAAACAUUCAUUGAACACUUAACUGCGCAUCUUUGCAAUGCAAAUCAUCCUCGUAGUGAAGCACCUUUACUGUAGUAUGCUAUUAACACUCUCUUCAACACUCUUGUACCUCUCAGAGAAAACCUGCCCAGCCGCUUUAAAUUCAAAGAGUACUGCCCUAUGGUGUUCCGCAACCUGAGGGAGAGGUUCUGCAUCGAUGACCAGGAUUACCAGGUAAAAUAUGGUCUCAUGUGUGGAGAUGUCUAAGGGGAAGAAAGUAGGAUGGGUUAACUGAAGAGAAAGACCGUUGAGGAUGGGUUAACAGUAGUGGAAUGAAAGACAGAAUGAGUAUAGACUUUUACUUGGCUCGGCACUGCUCAGUAAUGUCAAAAGGGUAAAGGACAGUUGAGGAGAGAGUAGAUCAGACAAGUGCCAGAGGGAACUCCCUGUUAUUCCCUGCCCAGUUUGACUCAUUGCAGAUUCCAAUUCUUCCCUCAACCCAAAGUAGUAAGGCUUUAUCAGCAUUUCUUCCUUCAACCCAAUGUAGUCAUGUUUUAUCAGCAUUUGUUGAUAAGAACUUACUGAGUUAUCACAUGUAAACGGUGGCUGUUUUUAUUGUUUAGAGAAUCAUACCAAGCAUGGUUUAUUACAUUAAGUUCAACUAUCUUGGUAGCAUUGCUAAAUGGAUCGCAAUGUGAAGCGUUUUUGAGAUCUUGGAAUAGCUCUAUGUAAAUGCAAUCCAGUGAUCCAUUAUUAACUCAUGAAAUAAUUAUGAAACGUUUUAUUUAUAAAGGGCUUUUCAUUCAUUUCAAAGCCUCUAUUUUCUGCUCUGUAUGUGUCUCCCUCCCCCGGCCUCCCUCCUGUGGUGGAUCAUCAACAGAACUCCCUGACGAGGAGCGCCCCGCUGAACAGUGACUCCCAGGGUCGCUUUGGCAACCGCUUCCUGUCCAGCUACGACCACCGCUUCGUCAUCAAGACGGUGUCCAGCGAAGACAUCGCCGAGAUGCACAACAUCCUCAAGAAGUACCACCAGGUGGGUGUUACCACACACACACACACACACACACACACACACACAAUACAGUUGAAGUCGGAGGUUUACAUACGCCUUAGCCAAAUAUAUUUAAACUCAGUUUUUCACAAUUCCUGACAUUUAAUCCUAGUAAAAAUUCCCUGUCUUAGGUCAGUUAGGAUCACCACUUUAUUUUAAGGAUGUGAAAUGUCAGAAUAAUAGUAGAGAGAAUGAUUUAUUUCAGCUUUUAUUUCUUUCAUCACAUUCCCAGUGGGUCAGAAGUUUACAUACACUCAAUUAGUAUUUGGUAGCAUUGCCUUUAAAUUGUUUAACUUGGGUCAAACGUUUCGGGUAGCCUUCCAUAAGCUUCCCACAAUAAGUUGGGUGAAUUUUGGCCCAUUCCUCCUGACAGAGCUGGUGUAACUGAGUCAGGUUUGUAGGCCUCCUUGCUCGCACACGCUUUUUCAGUUCUGUCCACACACUUUCUAUAGGAUUGAGGUCAGGGCUUUGUGAUGGCCACUCCAACACCUUGACUUUGUUGUCCUUAAGUCAUUUUGCCACAACUUCGGAAGUAUGCUUGGGGUCAUUGUCCAUUUGGAAGACCCAUUUGCGACCAAGCUUUAACUUCCUGACUGAUGUCUUGAGAUGUUGCUUCAAUAUAUCCUCAAAAUGUUCCUUCCUAUGAUGCCAUCUAUUUUGUGAAGUGUACCAGUCCCUCCUGCAGCAAAUCACCCCCACAGCAUGAUGCUGCCACCCCCGUGCUUCACGGUUGGGAUGGUGUUCUUCGGCUUGCAAGCAACCCCCUUUUUCCUCCAAACAUAACGAUGGUCAUCAUGGCCAAACAGUUCUAUUUUUGUUUCAUCAGACCAGAGGACAUUUCUCCAAAAAGUACGAUCUUUGUCCCCAUGUGCAGUUGCAAACCGUAGUCUGGCUUUUUUAUGGCGGUUUUGGAGCAGUGGCUUCUUCCAUGCUGAGCGGCCUUUCAGGUUAUGUCGAUAUAGGACUCGUUUUACUGUGGAUAUAGAUACUUUUGUACCUGUUUCCUCCAGCAUCUUCACAAGGUCCUUUGCUGUUGUUCUGGGAUUGAUUUGCACUUUUCACACCAAAGUACGCUCAUCUCUAGGAGACAGAACGCGUCUCCUUCCUGAGCGGUAUGACGGCUGCGUGGUCCCAUGGUGUUUAUACUUGCAAACUAUUGUUUGUACAGAUGAACGUGGUACCUUCAGGCAUUUGGAAAUUGCUCCCAAUGAUGAACCAGAUUUGUGGAGGUCUACACAUUUUUUUUUUUCUGAGGUCUUGGCUGAUUUCUUUUGAUUUUCCCAUGAUGUCAAGCAAAGAGGCACUGAGUUUGAAAGUAGGCCUUGAAAUACAUCCACAGGUACACCUCCAAUUGGCUCAAAUUAUGUCAAUUAGCCUAUCAGAAGCUUCUAAAGCCAUGACAUCAUUUUCUGGAAUUUCCAAGCUGUUUAAAGGCAUAGUCAACUUAGUGUAUGUAAACUUCUGACCAACUGGAAUUGUGAUACAGUGAAUUAUAAGUGAAAUAAUCUGUCUGUAAAUAAUUGUUGAAAAAAUGACUUGUGUCAUGCACAAAGUAGAUGUCCUAACCGACUUGCCAAAACUAUAGUUUGUUAACAAGACAUUUGUGGAGUGGUUGAAAAACCUAAGUGUAUGUAAACUUCCGACUUCAACUGUAUAACACGUUUGAAUAAAAAAAAAUGUUUUCUGUACAAACAUACACCCUCUUAAUACAUCUUAAUACAUGUUGAAGAGAGCAUGUUGGAUUCAAAUAUUGAAGACCUUUCAAUGUGGUGCUGAAGAAAUACCUGUGAAUUGUCAGAUUUGGUGGGACUAUCCUUUUGUAAUAGCCAACAAUUAUGCCGACUUCAUUACUGGAUCUCUCCCACUGUUUCCUUUGCAUUACUCAUUCCCCUUCCUCUUUCCUCUCUCUCUCCUUUCCCUGUGUUUCCCUCCUCCUCCAUUGGUCUCCUCAGUUCAUAGUGGAGUGUCACGGCAGCACGCUGCUCCCCCAGUUCCUGGGCAUGUACAGGCUAACAGUGGAUGGGGUGGAGACCUACAUGGUGGUGACUCGUAAUGUAUUCAGCCACCGUCUCACCGUGCACCGCAAGUACGACCUGAAGGUAGGUGUCUAUAUACACACUAACUGGGAGGGAACUAACUGGGAGAACACUUACUGGUAGUACACUAACUCCAGUAGGGCACUAAGGGCACUAGGAGCACAAUUACAGCUGUAACACUGUUAGCGCUCAUUGGGCUAAGGGCUUUUGUAGCAAGCUCAAUGCAUAGGGUGCUUGCAGAGUAUUCCGGUUCCCAGUAGCACUUGAGGCUCCAAGAACUUACUUAAGGCUAGAUUUACAGACUAUUGUCUGGUCCAAUGGUUAUGUGAUUUAUUAUCUAGAAGGGGAAAUGGUGAAGAAUGCUGCUCUUGUGGAAAAGCUUAGUAAAUCUGUCUCUUUGUGCUCUGGCAACAACACUGAGAAUAGAGGUGUAACGGCGUGCAUGCCUAUUGGCUCGCAGAACACCAUUUCCCUUACAAUAAACAUCUCUGCAGCUGCCAGGCACUCUUUGGGGGAAACAAUUCUGCCAUCUGAAAUAUGACAAUGUUAUAACCAUACUGUCAAGUCCAGGAGAAACAAAAGGAGGAACAAAGAUGGAAAGAAUGUCUGUCUCUAACUCUCAGCAUUCCAUUACAUCUCUGUGAUAUAUCUUCUUCUUUUUUUAUUCAGGGUUCCACGGUCUCAAGGGAAGCCAGUGACAAAGAGAAGGUGUGUUCAUUUAUAUAUACGAUGAUGAGAGGAGUGUUGGAGUACAAUGACAGGACCCAAACAAUUAUUGUGUGGAUCAUUCUAAAAAAGCAUUCAACUAAUCAGCAAAAAACAAAACUCAUUUACAGCCCAAAAUACAUUAUAAAAGUGCAGAAGUAAUGAUUUUUCCAUCUAAUGAUAAUGAAGCUCAAAUGAAAUAACACAUCCACAGUUGGGCCAUGUCCGACUGCUGUCUAUGCUGCGCAGAAGGGGAAGUCAAAAGGGGGUGAGUGUAGUCGAUGUGGAAUAGUUAGCUGUGUGUGCGCUAGUAGUUUCCACCCUGGGGGUUACAUUACCCGCUCUGAAACCUAGAAGUAGUUAUUUCCCUUCCUGGCUACGUCUUCUGUAGAGCGGUACGUAAUACUGCUUCGUGAGUGCUGAGUUGUUGUUGGGAACAGAAGGUUGCUGGUUCACGCCCAGUGACGGACGGACAGAACCUGGUGGAGCCAAUGUCACUGGUCGGAUUCGUACUGUGGACCUCGCGCUCAGGAACCCAACGUCUUAACCAUUACACCAAGAGGAAAUACCUGAAAUUGUUUUUCUCACAAAAAAGUCAAUCCAAGGAUAAUGAGUGGAUAACCCUAAUUUUCAUGUAGCAAAAUUAACAGCAAGAAAGACCUCUGCCAUUAGUGUGAAUAUUUUGAUUCUAAUUUCUAUCACUCUGCUCAGGCCAAGGAACUCCCCACCUUUAAAGACAACGACUUCCUGAACGAGGGCCAGAAGCUGCAGAUAGGAGAUGACAACAAGAAGUACUUCUUGGAGAAACUAAAGCGCGACGUAGAGGUAGGAGACCUCUCAUGGCUGCUCGAUUUGAUGGCGUUUCUUUUUAUUAUCAUUACAGUCGUCAUGGUGAAAUCCCUGAGUGGUUUCCUUCCUCUCCGGCAACUGAGCACUUCUGCACAUUGUGUUUUGUUUCUAGAUUAAUAUUUAUUAACCACCACAAGUCCUUUGAACCAGUUUCACCUAAGUACCUGUGAACAAAGACAUGACUUUAGGUUGACAAAUAGAAGAAUAGUGAGUUUACUGUCCUCCAGGGAAAUUUCCCCAAAUAACAUUAGUUGCAAUAUCUGACAUCUCUCCCUUGUUUGUGUACAUCAGUUCCUGGCCACUCUAAAGAUCAUGGACUACAGUCUGCUGGUAGGGAUCCAUGAUGUGGACCGGGCAGAGCAGGAGGAGAUGGAUGUGGAGGCCGGCGGAGAGGAGGAGGAGUAUGAGAACGAUGGGAUGGGAGGAGCACUCACCGGCUCCUUCGGCACCCCUCCAGACAGCCCUGGGAACCCCCUCAACUUUGGCGGGUUCUUCGGCCCUGGCGAGUUCGACCCCUCCGUGGACGUCUACGCAAUCAAGAGCAACGACAGUAAGAGACUCUCUUUCUUGAGUUUGUGUCAAAGGAUUUGUUAUGCAAUUGUGCUAUAUUUGUGCUACUCUCUAUCUACAGUGCCUUCAGAAAGUAUUCACACCUUGACUUUUUCCACAUUUUGUUGUGUUACAGCCUGAAUUUUAAAAUGGAUUAAAUUUGAGAUUUUGUGUCACUGGCCUGCACACAAUACCCCCAUAAUGUCGAAGUGGAAUAAUGUUUUUCAAAAUGUUUACAAAUGAAUUAAAAAUGUAAAGCUGAAAUGCCUCGCAAAGAAGGGCACCUAUUGGUAGAUGGGUUAAAAAAAAGCAGACAUUGAAUAUCCCUUUGAGCAAUGGUGAAGUUAUUAAUUACACUUGGGAUGGUGUAUCAAUACACCCAGUCACUACAAAGAUACAGGCGUCCUUCCUAACUCAGUUGCCGGAGAGGAAGGAAACCACUCAGGGAUUUCACCAUGAGGCCAAUGGGGACUUUAAAACAAUUACAGAGUUUAAUGCUGUGAUAGGAAAACACAGAGGAUGGAUCAACAACAUGGUAGUGAUUCCACAAUACUAACCUAAUUGACAGAGUGAAAAGGAAGCCUGUACAGAAUAAAACAUAUUCCAAAACAUGCAUCCUGUUUGCAACAAGGCACUAAAAUAAUACUGCAAAAAAAAUGAAUGUGUCUAGCAAUGAUCAGCAACCAAUUUGACAAAGCUUUAAGAUUUUUUUAAAAUAACAAUGGGCAAAUGUUGCACAAUCCAGGUGUGGAAAGCUCUUAGAGACUUACCCAGAAAGACUCACAGCUGUAAUCACUGCCAGAUGUGCUUCUACAAAGUAUUGACUCAGGGGUGUGAAUACUGAUGUAAAUUAGAUAUUUCUUGUAUUUCAUUUUCAAUACAUUUGCAAAAAUGUCUAAACAUGUUUUCACUUUGUCAUUAUGGGGUAUUGUGUGUAGAUGGAUAAGAUUUAAAAAGAUAUUUAAUCGAUUUUGAAUUCAGGCUGUAACACAACAAAAUGUGGAAUAAGUCAAGUGGUAUGAAUACUUUCUGAAGGCACUGUAUCACAGGGGGUUGGUGGCACCUUAAUUGGGGAGGAUGGGCUCGUGGUAAUGGCAGGAGCAGAAUGAGUGGAAUGGUAUCAAAUGCAACAAACACAUGGUUUCCAUUUGUUUGAUGCCAUUCCAUUUGCUCCGUUCUGGCCAUUAUUAUGAGCCGUCCUCCCCUCAGCAGCCUCCUGUGCACUGUAUCUAUCUCUUGAUAAUUAAUCAAAGUUGUCUGUCUUAAAGCUGCAAUAUGUAACUUUUUGGCCAACGCAACCAAAUUCACAUAGAAAUAUGUGUUAUAGAGCUGUCAUUCUCAUCGAAAGCAAGUCUAAGAAGCGGUAGAUCUGUUCUAUGUGCGCUAUUUUUAUGCUUCCCGUUCUUAAGUUUAGUUUUUGUGUCUUUUACUUUCUUUCUUUUUUUUACCAGCUGAAAAUACAAUAUUUUUGGUUAUGGAAAAGACAUUUCACAGCAGUUUAGACGGUACAAUGAUUCUCUACUUGCUUGUUUUGUCACAAACUAUUAGAACUUUAGCAACCAGUAAAUGGUGGAGCGAUAGUGCAUCCUUAAUUAACAUUGAAAAUGAAACUAAUUUUAGAACAGAGACAUCAUGGGACUGCGCAGUGAAAAGUAAUACUUUCUAUUUAUACUCCUAUGCACUGUCUUGCUCCUUGUGGUAGGUGCUGUGAAGAAAGAAGUAUACUUCAUGGCUAUCAUCGACAUCCUCACGUACUACGACGCUAAGAAAAAAGCUGCACAUGCUGCCAAAACUGUGAAACAUGGGGUGAGUAAUGGACUAGCUCUGACCAAACAUGAAACAUAAAGCCAAGUGUUUAGGCUGCAGAGAUGCUAGAUCAUAUAGUCGUUUCAAGUAGAAGAUGAUCUUGUGAGAAGAUGUGUUAUUACAUAUAAAUUGUAGCUGUAUGUUUGCACUGAACUCUUAUCCUCUGUUGUCCCUCCCUCAGGCUGGGGCAGAGAUCUCCACCGUAAACCCAGAGCAGUACUCCAAAAGAUUCUUUGAGUUCAUGUCCAACAUCCUGUCAUAG